UUGUCUCGCUUGUCUUCCCGCGUCUGCGCACCUCCGCCCGGCCUAGACCUCCCCGCCGUAUCCCGCACACUUCACCCUUCCGCACGGACAGCAUGUCUGAGUACAGCGCGGUGCCGCCGCCCGGGCCCGGGGCGGCUUUAGGAGCCGGUGGGCUGAAGAAAGACGCGUUCGCGGACGCGGUACAGCGCGCGCGGCAGAUUGCAGCAAAGAUCGGUGGUGAUGUUACAGGUCCCCCAAUGAGCAAUAAUGGUGGAGCGGAGAGUUAUCCCUUCCCAACGCCGAAACGAUCGCUGGAGGAUGGAGAUCAGCCUGAAAGCAAGAAGAUGGCGUCUGACAGGGACAACGCUGCAGCUCUGUCUAUCGGAGCCCAGCUGGCUGCCCUUUCCAAGCAGAGUGUUCGUCCUUCGUCGAUGACAGAAGAGUACAGAGUCCCUGAUGGCAUGGUUGGCCUCAUCAUUGGUCGAGGUGGCGAGCAGAUCAAUAAGAUUCAGCAGGACUCUGGUUGUAAAGUUCAGAUCGCUCCAGACAGUGGCGGUCUUCCAGACAGAAGUGUGUCCAUCACAGGAGGCCCUGAAGCCAUCCAGAAGGCCAAAAUGAUGUUGGACGACAUCGUCUCUCGGGGACGGGGCACUCCACCUUCCUUCCAUGAGUCGACCAAUGGCAGUGGCCACAUGCAGGAAAUGGUUAUUCCAGCAGGGAAGGCUGGUCUCAUUAUCGGCAAAGGAGGAGAGACCAUUAAACAGCUGCAGGAGAGAGCUGGUGUGAAGAUGAUUUUGAUCCAGGACGCUUCUCAGGGGCCAAACAUGGACAAACCACUGCGCAUCAUUGGAGACCCUUACAAAGUCCAGCAAGCCCGUGAGAUGGUGCAGGAGAUUCUGCGAGAGCGGGAUCAUCCGGGCUUUGACAGGAAUGAGUAUGGCUCUCGAAUGGGUGGUGGUGGUGGAGGUGGAGGCGGCGGCGGUGGUGGAGGAGGUGGUGGCGGUGGAAUUGAGGUUCCAGUUCCACGUCACUCUGUGGGCGUCGUGAUUGGCCGAAGUGGAGAGAUGAUCAAGAAGAUUCAGAAUGACGCCGGCGUGAGGAUACAGUUCAAACCAGAUGAUGGCACUGGUCCAGAUAAGAUCGCUCAUAUAAUGGGUCCUCCUGACCGCUGUGAACAUGCUGCCAGUAUCAUCAAUGAGCUUCUGCAGAGCAUCAGAGUACGAGAGGAAGGAGGAGGGGGUCCGCCUGGUCCUCCUGGCACAGGGAUGCCUCCGGGUGGGCGUGGCAGGGGGCGUGGUCCUGGUGGAAACUGGGGUGGUCCGCCUGGCAGUGAGAUGACCUUUUCAAUCCCUGCCCAUAAAUGCGGCCUCGUUAUUGGCCGAGGCGGUGAAAACGUCAAGGCCAUCAACCAGCAAACUGGCGCUUUUGUGGAGAUCUCACGCCAACCGCCGCCCAAUGGAGAUCCCAAUUUUAAACUCUUCACCAUCCGGGGGUCUCCACAGCAGAUCGACCACGCCAAACAGCUGAUCGAGGACAAGAUUGAGGGUCCUCUUUGCCCUGUUGGUCCCGGACCCGGUGGACCAGGCCCUGCUGGACCCAUGGGCCCCUACAACCCAAACCCGUACCAGCCCGGACCCCCUGGUGGACCGCCACAUGGUGGUCCUCCUGGUGGUCAGUAUCCUCAGGGUUGGGGAAAUGCAUACCAGCAGUGGCAGCCGCAUGAUCCCAGUAAAGCAGCCACAGAUCCAAACGCAGCGUGGGCGGCUUAUUACGCUCAGUACUACCAGCAGCCAGGAGGGGGAGCUAUGCCUGGACAGACGCCUGCAGCUCAGCCGGCUGCUCCUGGUCCUGCUGACCAGAGCCAAGCUGCUCCAGGAGCGGCCCAGCCAGACUACACCAAGGCCUGGGAGGAGUAUUACAAAAAGAUGGCUGCAGCAGGUGGAGGUGCUGCCCCCGCUGCCGCAGGAGGAGCUCAGCCUGCAGGAGCCGCAGCGGCAGCAGGACAGACAGACUACAGCGCCGCAUGGGCCGAAUACUACAGACAGCAGGCUGCUUAUUACGGACAGACAGGACAGACCCCGGGUCAGCCAGGAGCAACACCGCAGGGCCAGCAGGCGCAGUGAACAAAACUAAAGCUGAGCUCUUGUCCGUCCUGGUCCUUCCCUCCAUCCUCUCCUCUGAGAAAAGGACAUUUGCUCUUCCUCUUCUUUUUAUUUGUUUUCUCCCUCUUCCUGUGUCCAGUGGAAAAGCUGCGUGACUCUUCUCUGAAGCCGGAUUUCAUGUAAAGGCUUCUGCAAACACUCUAGUUUUCUCUCCUGUUUUUUUUUUUGCUGGAUCCACAAACGCUGUCUGAGACUAAAAAUCGAACUCUGCCUUCCCUCCACAAACGCUUCAUUCCUCUUCCUCGCGUCCGUGUGACUCACCGCCAGGGAAACACAAGGGAAUGCUUCUUCUGCUAACUUCCUCACCUGAGCGUGCACUUCCUGUUCUGCAUUAACUUUUGUUUUUUCUUUUGUCUGAGGAAACAGGUAUAUUUAGAGGAAAUCUUCAGGUGUUAAUAACUACUGUUUCGAACUCAAUGAGUAACCUCGUCUCUCUUUUUUUUAAAAUACUUUUGUUUUUGCUUUUAGUCCUUUUUUUAAUUUGAUUUGAGCUGGAACAUUCCCAUUCUUUAACGUGUUCACUUCUAUAUAUUCAUUUAGUGAGGGUUUUUUUUAAUGUGAUUUAUUUUUUUUUUCUUCCCCCCUGAUAUCAAAUGAUGUUUCAGUCUGUGUGUAUGUUUCAUGUCACGUGUGAAUGUAUGCGAGUGUUUGCUGGUACUGAAACUCAUGCCAUCUAGUGUUGCUCCUCACUCUGUGAAAUGAGGGUUUUUCUUGUUUUCUUCUCCCCACCCCAGUUAUUGGAAGUCAUGAUGAUGUUAUAAAUAUAAAAUGUAUGCUUUUUUUUUACUGCUUGUUUUUAAAAACGACAAUAAACAUUACAAAAUCCUCAUCAGAUCACA